AUGCAAAUUCUUCCCAAACCAGAAAGAUCUGACUCUGGGAUCUCCCGGUUUCAGAACCGUGCCAUAAUCCCUGCAUACCACAUUCCAGCUUUUAUAGAGGGGAUGUCUGAGUCAUUUGCUCAUCCUACAACUCUACAUACUUUCACCAACACAUAUUCUCCACUGGUUUUCUCUUCCCCCAAUGCCUGUAGCAAUGAUUCCAGCUCUCAGGAACACGGGGGAGAUAAAGUCGCAAAUUAUUUCAGCGGGCAAGGCGAGCAGCUGCGCCUCCGGGCCGACCUCGAGCUGCCCCGGGACGCGUUCACGCUGCAAGUGUGGCUGCGAGCGGAGGGGGGCCAGAGGUCUCCGGCGGUGAUCACAGGGCUGUAUGACAAAUGUUCUUAUACCUCGCGUGACCGAGGAUGGGUCGUGGGCAUUCACACCGUCAGUGACCAAGGCAACAGAGACCCACGCUACUUCUUCUCCUUGAAGACAGACCGGGCUCGGCAAGUGACCACCAUCAACGCCCACCGCACCUACCUCCCAGGCCAGUGGGUAUACCUAGCUGCUACCUACAAUGGGCGGCUGAUGAAGCUCUAUGUUAAUGGUGCCCAGGUGGCAACCUCUGGGGAGCAAGUGGGUGGCAUAUUCAGCCCACUGACCCAGAAGUGUAAAGUGCUCAUGUUGGGGGGCAGUGCUCUGAAUCACAACUACCGGGGCUACGUCGAGCACUUCAGUCUGUGGAAGGUGGCCAGGACUCAACAAGAGAUUCUGUCAGACAUGGACACACAUGGCUUCCAUACUCCUCUACCUCAGCUCCUCCUCCAGGAGAACUGGGACAAUGUGAAGCACUCCUGGUCCCCCAUGAAGGAUGGGAACAUUCCCCAGGUGGAAUUUAGCAAUGCCCAUGGCUUCCUGCUGGACACAAAUUUGGAGCCUCCUCUGUGUGGGCAGACGUUGUGUGACAACAGGGAGGUCAUUGCCAGCUACAACCAGCUCCCAACUUUCCGCCAGCCCAAGGUGGUACGCUACCGUGUGGUCAACCUCUAUGAUGAUGGCCAUGAGAACCCAACGGUGAGCCAACAGCAGGUCGACUUCCAGCACCGGCAGCUGGCUGAGGCCUUCAAGCACUAUAAUAUCUCCUGGGAGCUGGAGUUAUUGGAGGUGAACAACUCCUCCCUGCGCCACCGUCUCAUCCUGGCCAACUGUGACAUCAGCAAAAUUGGGGAUGAGAACUGCGACCCUGAGUGCAACCACACAUUGACUGGCCACGAUGCUGGGGAUUGUCGUAACCUGCGCCACCCUGCCUUCAUGAAGAAGCAGCAGAACGGGGUGUGUGACAUGGACUGUAACUAUGAACGGUUCAACUUUGAUGGCGGGGAGUGCUGUGACCCUGAAAUCACCGAUGUCACUAAGACUUGCUUUGAUCCUGACUCUCCACACAGAGCCUACUUGGAUGUUAAUGAGCUGAAGAGCAUUCUUAGAUUGGACGGAUCAACACACCUCAAUAUUUUCUUUGCAAACUCCUCAGAGGAGGAGUUGGCGGGAGUAGCAACUUGGCCAUGGGACAAGGAGGCCCUAAUGCACUUAGGUGGCAUUGUCUUGAACCCAUCUUUCUACGGNNNNCCUGGGCAUACCCACACCAUGAUCCAUGAGAUUGGGCACAGCCUCGGCCUCUAUCACAUCUUCCGAGGCAUCUCAGAGAUCCAGUCCUGCAGUGACCCCUGCAUGGAGACAGAGCCCUCCUUUGAGACUGGAGACCUCUGCAAUGACACCAACCCAGCCCCUAAACACAAGUUCUGCGGUGACCCAGGGCCAGGGAACGACACCUGCGGCUUUCAUAGCUUCUUCAACACUCCUUACAACAACUUCAUGAGCUAUGCAGAUGAUGACUGUACAGACUCCUUCACGCCCAAUCAAGUCGCCAGAAUGCACUGUUACCUGGACUUAGUCUACCAGAGCUGGCAGCCCUCUAGGAAGCCAGCACCUAUUGCACUUGCCCCCCAAAUCGUGGGCCACACAUUGGAUUCCAUCACACUGGAGUGGUUCCCACCCAUCGAUGGCCACUUCUUUGAAAGAGAAUUGGGAUCAGCAUGUGACCUUUGCUUGGAAGGGAGAGUCCUGGUACAGUAUGCUUUCAACGCCUCCUCCCCUAUGCCCUGUGGCCCAUCAGGACACUGGAGCCCUCGGGAAGCAGAAGGUCAUCCAGAUGUUGAACAGCCUUGUAAGUCCAGUGUUCGUACCUGGAGCCCAAAUUCAGCUGUCAACCCACACACGGUUCCUCCAGCCUGUCCUGAGCCACAAGGCUGCUACCUCGAGCUGGAAUUCCGUUAUCCAUUGGUCCCUGAGUCUUUGACCAUAUGGGUGACCUUUGUCUCCACUGACUGGGACUCCAGUGGAGCUGUCAAUGACAUCAAACUGUUGACUAUCAGUGGGAAGAACAUCUCCCUGGGCCCUCAGAAUGUCUUCUGUGAUGUCCCUCUGACCAUCAGACUCCGUGAUGUGGGUGAGGAGGUAUAUGGCAUACAGAUCUACACGCUGGAUGAGCACCUGGAAAUUGAUGCAGCCAUGCUGACUUCCGUUGCAGACAGCCCACUCUGCCUAGAGUGUAAGCCCUUGCAGUAUAAGGUGAUCCGGGACCCUCCGCUACAAGUGGAUGUGGCCUCCAUCCUGCACCUUAAUAGAAGAUUCACAGACAUGGAUCUCAAUCUUGGCAGUGUGUACCAAUACUGGGUCAUCACCAUUUCAGGAACUGAAGAGAGCGAGCCUUCACCUGCUGCCAUAUACAUCCAUGGAAGUGGGUACUGUGGUGAUGGCAUUAUCCAGAAAGGCCAAGGAGAAGAAUGUGAUGACAUGAAUAAGAUCAAUGGCGAUGGCUGCUCCCUUUUCUGUCAACAAGAAAUUUCCUUCAAUUGUAUAGAUGAACCCAGCCGGUGCUAUUUCCAUGAUGGUGAUGGGGUAUGUGAGGAGUUUGAACAAAAAACGAGCAUUAAAGACUGUGGUGUCUACACACCUCAGGGGUUCCUAGAUCAAUGGGCAUCCAAUGUUUCCGUCUCCCACCAAGACCAGCAAUGUCCAGGCUGGGUCGUCAUUGGACAGCCGGCAGCAUCCCAGGUGUGUCGAACCAAGGUGAUAGAUCUCAGUGAAGGCAUUUCCCAGCACGCUUGGUACCCUUGCACCAUCAGCUACUACUCCCAGCUGGCUCAGAAUUCUUUCUGGCUCCGGGCGUAUUUCUCUCAGCCCAUGGUUGCUGCAGCUGUCAUUGUCCACCUGGUGACGGAUGGGACAUAUUAUGGGGACCAAAAGCAGGAAACCAUCAGUGUACAACUGCUUGAUACCAAAGAUCAGAGCCACGAUCUAGGCCUCCAUGUCCUGAGCUGCAGGAACAAUCCCCUGAUUAUCCCUGUGGUCCAUGACCUCAGCCAGCCCUUCUACCACAGCCAGGCGGUACGUGUGAGCUUCAGUUCGCCCCUGGUCGCCAUCUCGGGGGUGGCCCUCCGCUCCUUCGACAACUUUGACCCCGUCACCCUGAGCAGCUGCCAGAGGGGAGAGACCUACAGCCCUGCCGAGCAGAGCUGUGUGCACUUUGCAUGUGAGGCCAUGGACUGCCCAGAGCUGGCUGUGGAGAACGCUUCUCUCAAUUGCUCCAGCAGCGACCGCUACCAUGGCGCUCAGUGUACUGUGAGCUGCCAGACAGGUUAUGUUCUCCAGAUACAGCGGGAUGAUGAGCUCAUCAAGAGCCAGACGGGACCCAGUAUCACAGUGACCUGCACAGAGGGAAAGUGGAACAAGCAGGUGACAUGUGAGCCAGUGGACUGUGGAGUCCCAGAUCACCAUCAUGUCCACGCCGCCUCCUUCUCCUGCCUCGAGGGCACCACCUUUGGCAGCAAAUGUUCCUUCCAGUGUCGUCACCCUGCACAACUUAAAGGUAACAACAGCCUUCUUACCUGCAUGGAGGAUGGACUGUGGUCCUUUCCUGAGGCCCUGUGUGAGCUCAUGUGCCUAGCGCCACUGCCUGUACCAAACGCAGACCUCCAGACAGCCCGGUGCCGAGAGAACAAGCACAAGGUGGGCUCCUUCUGCAAGUACAAAUGCAAACCUGGAUACCACGUACCUGGCUCCUCUCGGAAGUCAAAGAAGCGGGCCUUCAAGACACAGUGUACCCAAGAUGGCAGCUGGCAAGAGGCAGCUUGUGUCCCCGUGACUUGUGACCCACCUCCACCAAAAUUCCAUGGGCUUUACCAGUGCACGAAUGGCUUCCAAUUCAACAGCGAGUGUAGGAUCAAGUGUGAAGACAGUGACUCCUCCCAGGGACGUGGGAGCAACGUCAUCCACUGCCGGAAAGAUGGCACCUGGAGUGGCUCCUUCCAUGUUUGCCAGGAGAUGCAAGGCCAGUGCUCAGCCCCGAACCAGCUCAACAGCAACCUCAAACUGCAGUGCCCUGACGGCUACGCCAUAGGGUCGGAAUGCGCCACCUCGUGCCUGGACCACAACAGCGAGUCCAUCAUCCUGCCCGUGAACGUGACCGUGCGUGACAUCCCCCACUGGCUGAACCCCACACGGGUGGAGAGAGUCGUCUGCACAGCUGGCCUCAAGUGGUAUCCUCACCCAGCUCUGAUUCACUGUGUCAAAGGCUGUGAGCCCUUCAUGGGAGACAAUUACUGUGAUGCCAUCAACAACAGAGCCUUCUGCAACUACGAUGGUGGAGACUGCUGCACCUCCACGGUGAAGACCAAGAAGGUCACCCCUUUUCCUAUGUCCUGUGACUUACAAGGUGACUGUGCUUGUCGGGACCCCCAGGCCCAAGAACACAGCCGAAAAGACCUCCGGGGGUACAGCCAUGGCUAAAGAAGGACAAGGAGCUGUCAAAGAAUUCCCAGCGCCAGGACCCGCAUCCCUUUGGUAUUGAUUUCACAGUCAGCUGCUCAAUGGAAUGGCCUCUCCACACCAGGGAUCCUUAGCACCCAACCGGUCUGCCUUUAAUUUCACCCAGAAAGGACUCACAGUAGGGCGAAUGAACAAAGUCUCGCCAUGCAGAAUGAUGGAAUGGAAUCCUACCCAAAAUCUAAGAUGGAUUGCAUACAGUGUGUAAUCCCGGAGCCUCCUAGAAUUCUAACCAUUUGCCACACAACCACAGCAAGAAACUUGUUCUGUAUCUAGGAGUGUACACAUCUGCGGUUAGUAAACAUGCAUGCAUACGCACCCAUACAAACACCUGUGUGAGGGCAGUUCUGGAGACUGAGCAGAGAGAGACUGGAACAGAAUCAAUCUUUCCUUUCCCCCGCUCCUAGCCAACACUCUUUGGGAGAAAGAGAGAUGCAGAAACUGCUAAGACCAAGUGUUAAGAUGCCAAGAUAUCUCACACCCUGAGGCUCGGAAUACAUAGGCAUGCAUACUUGUGCAGCUUUUGGGGGUUGGAAGUGAAAUGGUCUUCUAGGGAAGCAGGACCCAGGAAGAGAUAAAGAAUCAAAGGUAUCUUUACCCAAGAUCCCAAUUUCCGCUGCCAUGGGGAUUUUACCCCAACUCCAGGGUUCAAGGCCAAACUGGAAAUGGCUUAGGACUGCAAUGUCAAGGUAUUAUACCAGCCCCCUGCUUGAGGCUUGAGGUCAUAAUAUCCUUCCAGAACCCACCCAUUCCUCAAAUCUUGCCUUGGGACCACAAUUGCUGCUACUUUUCUUGCUGCUCUAUCCUACAUAUUGUUACCCCAAGAAGGUAGAACUAGGUUAGGAAAAACCCCACACAACCAAGCAGUCUGCCUUAAAAGUGACCCACAUUUGUCCACAGUCCCUCAUUUCCUAUCCCGUCUGUGAGAGAAGAAGCCCAGUUGGCCCACAUGUUGAGAAGUUAAGUCACCUGAACGUGGGUUUCUCAUCCUGGAAAGGAGUUGAGGGUCUUCAGAUGCUGGAAUCCUCACUGAGAGUCUAGAAUGUCUAAGCCAGUGUUAGAUUUUAUAAUCAAGUGGAACAGUGUUCAAUUUCCAUGAUCUUCAAGCCAUUCAGAGACUGUUGGAAUGGUUGAAACUUUUAAAUUAAUCAUUUUUAUCUUUGUCUUCCUAGCCCUUUAGGCUUAAGUAGGCUUUGCUCCUGAGAACCUCACUGUUGAUCUGGGUAGAUACAAUUCUGAAACAGAGAAUCAUCUUGGAUAUGAUCAAUAUAGAUGGUGUUAAAGAGGACCAUCAGAGAGAAGCCAAAGAGUUCACAGCCCCAGUACCCACAACCUGACAUGGUCAUCAUGUUUUCCAUAUACCUUUUCAGUUACCAAUACUUCCUACCAUACCUGUUGUUGGGCAAGCCUUCUCUCUCUCCCAAGGUCAGCCUCCAAAAGUUUAGAGGGAAUUAAUCAAUGAUAUGUAUUGGCUCUCACCUCCUUGGGGGCCUCUUUGCCUCUUUUUAUUCCAUUACCUCCUCUCCCUUUUAGUUAAUAUGGAAGGAGAUUAAUCUAUGAUGAAGUGUGGGGGAGGGGGAAGUUAAGUAAGACAUAUUUUCUGAACCUGGAGUGGGAAAAUGAGAUGAUAGGGUCUAAACUAGUUAUAUUACAUAAAGUUUACUAUAAAUCAAGUCAUCUCAUGUCUAGUGAAGAAAAAGAAGAAAAACAGUCUGGCACAGGAAUGCAAAUACCUGUGUACUUUCCUAAUUCCUAUAUCCAAGGCAGGCAUUAUUAAUUCAUCAUGGUUCUUUUUCUAAUUAGGACCAAAAACAAAUUCAGAAACCAUCCCACUAUAUUAUUUUCAACAGCAAUUACUUGGUGACCAAAAACACUCGAGAAGACAUCUAUUGGCCAUCUGUGGUCUUAUAUUAAGAAAUAUAUCAAGGUGCUCUUAGCAUAGGUGCCCACAAAUAAAGGUGCAUGUGCUCAGAUAGUUUAUGGGGCUUGUACCAAUUACAACUCUGGAGCUGGGUUCUAGCAUGGAGAGACUACCAUCGACGUUAAGGCCAGGCUCAAAUUCCUUAUGUUUCUUCCUUAUAAAAUUAUACCUUAUUUAUAUUCACGGCAUUUUUAUUUUCUAUGAUUAUCAGAGUCAAACCUUAUCAAAAAAUUAAAAUAACAUUAAAAGAAUUGAUCUCCCAUUGAUAUUUCCCUCCAGUAUCUUGGAACUCUUGCCAUGUCUUAAGGUCCCUGUCUUGCCCUAGCUGAGUUAUCAACCUGUAUGGUAUUAAUGUAGAAGGUAUGAGCUAAGAAAGGGAACAGUGUCAUCCCUUCCACUGGCUUAAUCACACCCGUAAGUGAACAGUUGUAGUGAUACAAAAAGUGCAGAAGACCCAAAGAUGACAUUACCAAUGGUGGAAUUGCAGGAACCGUAGAAGAACCUCACCAGCUUCUGUCAAAUCAAUCCUCAUCCUCUUUCUACCUUCACUCUCAUUGUCAACUCUCCCCACAUUCUCCAGGUGAGGCAAGAUUCCAGGAAGCUGAUGUUUAUGUUCAGACUCACAGAUUGAGAUCUUCUGAGUAAAGAUCCACGCACUCUUCUUCGUAUUAUCAUUCACACCUGUUACUAACAAAUGUAUAUGCCGAGGAAAUUAGGCAAAAGAGCUACUUGAUUGGUGGUCAGCCUCAUGCUCACAUGGAAAGUGUAAUUAAUAGGUUCUCCUCAACCCUUCAUGGAAGAGGAUCAGCUCUAUUUGUGCAAUGCACUGAUCGUUCUGUUUUCUUCCCGGGAAUGAACUCAAUGUCUCACCUCUUCCAUCUUCUGUUUAGGAGUGCUCACAUGGAGGCAGCUCCAAAGCAGCUUAAGGGCUCUAAAACAUGUAAGGGUUUUAUAUCAGAAGAAGUAUUAGCCUGCUAGCAGCAAAAAAGAAAGGAGAUGGGCAGUUCUCUAAGCCCUAUUUUUGGUAAGCCUUUCCAAGUCACAACCCUAGCUGCUUGUCCAGAGGACUUGUAUUAUUCCCAGAUUCUGUGCCAACAAACUUCUAAGGGAAUACAGUCGUCGAAAAGUCAGUUUUGGUGGGUGAAUUGGGAUGUUAAGGAAGGGAGGGAUUAACGGCCAUAAAUGCUAGGGCUUUGAAGAUGGAGGGUAUCAGCUGCAGCUCUUGACUUCAGCACGGUGAGUCACUGCCUAGACAGUUCUCUUGGUCUUAGUCCCACUUUGGCUGAUGCUUAAAUGCUAUCUGUUGAAUAUAAUUCUUUGAGACAGAUGUCAGCUACCUCCCUUCCAGGUUUGAUUUAACUUGGUUGUAACUUUCAAUUUGUUAUAGGUCUUACCUGUGUUUAAAAAAGAACUAGAGAGAGAAAGAAAAAGAGAAAAGAAAGAAAGAGAAAGAAACAGGAAAGAGAAAAAGAUGAAAGAAAGAAAAGAAAGGGAACAAAAAGGAAGGAAGGAAACCAUAAAGUCAUGUUAACAGUUUUGAGGUUUUGUGAUUCUUUUUGUUUGUUUGUUUUUCUGGAACUACUUCAAGUGGGAAAAUAAAAAGAAAAAAAUUGAUGGCACCCAAGCUGUACAGAUAGAGAUUAAUAGAAGACAAGGAGAUCAAAAAUAAAUUAAAAAAUGCAUGAUUAAAAAUUAAGAAUAAAAAACCUAUUUUUAUGUUUCCUAAAGGAAAUUGUUUAUUCUACAGAGUAGGUAGACACAAUCAUAAAGAUUUCCCUAGAAGACAUAGAGUGGGAUUUUAUAAUGUUGUCUGUUCUUUUCUGUACAUUGUGGUAGAUCCAGGAAAUACGGCAUUUUCCCCCUCAAUAUGUUGUUGUUCUUGGGGGCGGGGGGACAUUUCGUUUAUUCGUUUGGUGGCAAUCCGUGGUAGUCGGGAGUGGGGAGGGUUUGACAUUGGUUUUACCAAAUAUUAGUGGGACCUAUUGUGUUGUCAUGCUUUUCACAUUAUAAAAUGUUUGUAUUUGCCAGUGUAGCACUGGGCUUUAGAAGACUGCACUCAGAACCACACUGCACAGUCCAAUUUUCUAAAGAGCUGCUAUAUCACCAGACAGGUAAUUCUGAUGAGUUUUGCAAAACCACCCAACCAAGUAAACAACAAACAUUAAAAACUAAGUAGCAAAUGAAUAAAACUCUGUUCUUAUAUAAUGUAUUCAAGUUUUGCCAAAUUUCUACCAUAGCUUGCUUUUUAAAAGAAAUGCAUACUAUCCAAGAGAAGAAUUAUGUCCCUAGUAGAAAGAACCCAGAAUUCUUGACUCCAGGCAGCUGUUUGCUCAGUGAUUUUAAAACAAGUUAUCAAAUUGCCUCUACAUUUGCCUCAGUUUCUCUAGCUGCAAAAUGGGGAUAAUAAUACUUACCUACCUCAUAGUGGGAGGGCAGGGGUUUUAAAUGGAUUGGGGUGAUCUAUGAGGGCCAACCCAUCCUUCUGGGUUAUUUUUCAAGAGUGUACAGGCCCAUUGGCCUUUAAGACAGAUGAGGAGUGCUCAUUUAAGAUACUGAGGAAAAAAGCUGGUGCUCCUGGAUUAUAGUCCACCUUAAGAGAAAGACUUGUAUUGGGGAGUAUUUCAUUUUUUCAGGUAAAUUGAUUUUCCCCUUUAUUCUGGACUUUACUAGUUCUAUGAUUUGAUUAAAAAACAAUUCCUUCCUACAGUGUAAAAGCCAGUUUGCCAUUGUCUAUUCAAGACUUCUGGGCCAUUUCCAACUUAUAGAGGAAGGGAGUCUCUAAAAACUUCUCCUUCGGCAGACACCUCACUUCUCAGACUUAAAAUUCCACAUCCAGUGUUCCAUUAGAAGAGAUACGACAUUCUGAGUGCAAAUAACUUGGGGCUUCUUAAACUACACACCAGCAGUCAGUGAGGAGAAUUUUGAACAAUUAUUGAGUUGCUUUCUUGGGUCUCUAUAAUCAAUAACCUGUC